AUGGAGGUCGGUACAAGAGAUCAACAGCAGUUAGAGGAGGCCACGGAUACUGGUGCAACGGCCACAGGCGGCGGCGAUGGCGUUCAGGGCCACAAGCAGGAGGUGGGUGGAGAAGGCGAUCGUCGCGCGACGCAAUCAGACCGUCGCGCGACAGUGGAGGUCGGGGCCGUGAGGGCUGGUGUCGUGCAACUGGACCCGAGCGAGGCCGUGAGUGGCUCGGUAGUAGUUGGUGGCACUCCCGAGGGUGCAGGCAGUGGAGGUACCGAGGGUGGUGACGCCGAGCCAAGCGAGACUCCGUUGAGGGAUCCGGUGAAGGGCAAGGGUGUAGCAACCGAGGAGGAGGGUGCCACAGAGGUUCCUGAGGAGGAGGAGAGAGCGAGGCAGAGAGACAUUCGAGGUUUUGGGGGCGCCUGCAGUUCCUUGGCGUUGUACCAAGGUUUGCCUGAGAAGAUCACUGGUUUGAGGGUUGGAGGCGACCCUAUCCCGUUUGACUCGGGCAUUCAGGAGGACGAGGCGGCCCUGGAAUGGUUCUUGGGAGAGGUGCCCAAGGUUGAGGAGGGGAUGGCGAGAUAUGGACAGUUCACGAGAUACCUGAGAAAGGAGGUGGCGACUGAACAGGAGGCGGAGCAGAUGGCCCGGGCGUACUUGUUGUACCUUUUUGGUGCUACCCUGUACCCGAAUAGGCGUAGCAAGGUUCACCUAUCGUACUUGCCUGCACUGAGAGACCUGAGGACAGCCUCGCGCUUUGACUGGGGAGGAGCUGCACUUGGCGCAUGUUAUGGCUUUAUGGGGGACUCAUCGAGGACUGAGAUGAGCACUGCUGGAUACUGGCGGAUUUGGGAGCUCUGGGCCUAUGAGGUUUUGAACAUGUGCCGUCCAGUGACGAAGAGCCUAGACUUGGGGAUCCUCCCGCGUGCUCAUAUCUGGAGCAAGAAGAACAUGGGAGAGAAAAGAGGGAGAGGCGACCUGAACGGCUUCAGGAUAUACCUAGACGAGCUCCGACCCUCACAGGUAUGACAUGACUUUAUCAAAU